UUUUUUUUUUUUCAAGCCUUCAUGAGAAUCUGAAGAAAAAUAAGAAAAGUGUCGACAUUUGUUCAUGAAAACGUGUUUUAAUGUUAGGAAGAAAACCGGAAGUGUCAAAGUUUUCACUCCUGACGUCGUGAAGAUGAUCUGAAGGUUUUCAUCAGUUUUCCACCAGCAGGAGAUUCAGCAGUUGGAGAGACAGCUGAUGGACUCAGAGAAACGAGCCUUCGCUGCAAACCAGCAGGUCCAGUGGAUGGAGGACAAACUCCAGGCUCCUGGCGGUCAGGCUGGAGACUCGGAGAUGCGUCUGUUCCAACAGAUCCAGGAGCUGCAGGUCUCUGUCCAGGACAAGGAGGACAUGAUCACCAAGCUGGAGCAGCAGCUGGAGGACCAGAGACAGAUCCGACUUCAAGAAGCCAAAACGGUGGAGGAGAAAGCUGCUAAGAUCAAGGAGUGGGUGAUGCUGCGACUGUCUGAGUUCCAGGAGGAGAACGCAGCACUGAGAGAACACAACAAACUGCAGGAAGCUCAGAUCCUGGAGCUGCAGAAACAACUGCAAGCCUUUGAGCAGAAGGUCCACAGAGAACCAGGACUCCCAGAUAAACCGGCUCAGGCUCAACGUCUGAGCAGCCUGACGUUUGGAUGUUUCCAGGUGACGGGGAAGACCCCCCAGGUCCUUACAGGUCCUGUCCUGUCCCUUAGGACCCCCAACACCCAAAGAGAGAUGGAUCCAGAUCAAAACCCAACUGAGAAGCGUAACCAGGAGACAGGAUCCUCAGAGAUAGAUGGAGUCCACAUAUCUAAUCUAAGCGGACCUGUGAGUUUUUCACAAAAGAACAGCAGCACCCCAGAGAAACAGACUGCUGAGAGUGGAUGUGAACCUGAAUCCUGCAGGAGCUCACCUCUGCUCUGCAGUAUUGCUCCAGAGGGGGACAGAUGUUCUGAGGACAGUGGAGGACCAGGUGGUUUCAGCCGGCCUGGCAGUGAGGCCCACCACUCAGCUUCUGAUGACAGCAGCUCUUUUUUUGAUGACUACAUGCAAAGGACAGACUGUCCCAGCUUCAGUCUUCUUGGACCCACAGACGAAGGACUGGCAGGGUGUCCAAGCAGGGGGGAGGACAGGUGCAAGGCAAAGCUACAGGGCUGCACCUCAGAGGAACUCAACAAACUAUUUAAUAAUCAGAAACUGGACUCAUCGUCCUCUUCCAGUGAGCCGACCACCCCGAGCCCCAUCCUUACCCCAGCUUGCAUCCCAAAAAGACCCAAUGCACCCCAGGACCCAAGAGACACUCCUGCUUUACCAAAACAGCCCCGUUUGAGAACCCCAACAGGGUUAGGGUUAUUGAACGCCUCUCUGGCCAAGAGACACCUUAGCCAGCCUCUGGUGAGCGAGGCUYUGCACCAUCAAACACGUAAACACGCCUUGAGCAUGCUGCGCCCUCUCCAGCUGCAGGAAACCGACUUAGACCAGCAGCUGGAAGACGAUGUGGUGGCCAGCAGGGACAACCAGUCCCAAGACCUCCAGUAUUCACAAACAGCACCCAUCAGGACAUCUGAGUCCUGGACUGAGAUGAGUCUAGAUGGUUCUACACCAGGCAGCAAACCGCCAACUCCACCUUUACACCGACUCCCCUCCUGGGAAAGUCGUAUUUAUGCUGUUGCUAAAACAGGAAUCAGACUGUCGAACACAACCUGUUCAGAUCCUGAGGACAAAGACCGGUCCCUGCAGUCCUCCUGUCCGGCAUUUGUGAUGUACACGUCUCUCAUCUACAGAAACAUGACCUCACCGCUUUACACAACCCUGAAGGGGAAAGCCUCUCUGCAGAGCAGUGCUUCACUCUCAGGUGAGUCGUGCAGCUCUGAUGAGUCCACCAGCUCAGGUGAGGAUGACAGCUCCAUCUGCUGCUCCCAGGCCUCAUCAGGAUCCAGGGCAGACGGCAGUCCAGGCAGUCUGGGCAGUCCACGGUCUCUGAAACGAGCUGUGUCUGUGGCUUCAGUCACUUCUGAGAGUGAUUAUGCUAUCCCUCCUGAUGCCUACUCCACGGACACAGAGUGCUCUGAACCAGAGCACAAACUGCCAAAGACCUGCAGCUCAAGCAGUGACAAUGGAGGAAGUGACUUGAUGGAGAAGUCCGGCUAUCUGCUGAAAAUGAUCAAAACCUGGAAGAAAACCUGGAAAAGACGCUGGUUUGUCCUCAAAGAUGGAGAUCUGCUCUACUUUAAGUCCCCUAGUGAUGUGAUCCGAAAACCUCAAGGCCAGAUCGAAGUCAACGCUUCAAGCAGCAUCACCCGUGGAGAUGGAAAACAAGUUCUGCAGAUUUCAACAGGUAAACAUGUUUGUUACCUGAAGGCGGACUCUCCUAACCUGCUGGACGAGUGGCUGCAGGUCCUGCAGAGAGUCCUGAGACUGAAGGCUGCCAGUCCUCUCUUCACUCAGCCAGAUGUUCGGCCCAGCAUGAAGGGACCGCUCAUCAAGAUGAAGCAUGGCUACUCUAAACGGGUCUGGUGCGCUCUGAUCGGUAAAACCUUGUUCUUCUUCCGCAGCCAACAGGACAAGUUCCCCCUGGGGCAGGUUAAACUGUGGGAGGUCCAGGUACAGGAGGUGGACAGGUCUACAGAACCAACCGAUGAAGACCUGAAAACAUUAGAGCCAAACCUGGAAGGUGCUUCGUUUAUCAUCCGCAUCCAGGCUCAGGAGCAAAGUCCAACCUUCUUACUGCUGGAGUCACUCCAUGAAAAGGACUCGUGGCUCUACCAUCUGUCUGUGGCGGCGGGAAACAUGGCGGGAAAAGUCGGCACAGAGUUUGAGAAACUGGUGGGAAAACUCUUCCAGCUGGGUGGAGAUCCAGGUUGUCAGAUCUGGAGACAUCCUGUCCUGUCCUUCAGUAAGGACACUCUGUCCUCUCCUCUCACCACUCUGCCCUCUCAGGCGCUGCAGACCGAAGCCGUCAAACUCUUCAAGACCUGCCAGCUCUUCAUCCACGUGGCCAUCGACGCUCCGGCCAUCGAUUACCACGUGUCUCUGGCCCAGAGCGCCCUGCAGGUGUGCCUGGCCCACCCGGAGCUCCAGAACGAAUUAUUCUGUCAGCUCAUCAAGCAGACCCGCCUGAGACCGGCGCUGGGACACCCAGGACCUCUGCAGGGAUGGCAGCUCCUGGCCUUGUGUGUUGGCUUGUUUCUGCCUCAGCAUCCUUUCAUCUGGCUGCUUCAGCUUCACCUGAAACAACACGCAGACUGCAGGACAGAGGUGGGAAAGUACUCCAUCUACUGCCAGCGCUCUCUGGAGCGGACCCAACAGAAGGGUGAGAGGCAGGCCAGACCGUCCCGCAUGGAGAUCCUGUCCAUCCUGCUGAGGAACCCGUACCACCACUCCCUGCCCUUCAGUGUCCCUGUCCACUUCCUCAACAACACGUAUCAUGUGUUGAGCUUUGAUGCUUCAACAACUGUGGAUGAGUUCCAGCGUCGGCUGGACCAGGACACCGGCAUGAGGACAACUGGACUGUCUGGUUUCAGCCUGUUCAGUGAUGACCCCACUGGACAAGACCUGGAGCAUUGUCUCCCAGGAGACAUCAAGAUUUGUGACAUCAUCUCCAAGUGGGAGCAGGCCUCCAAGGAGCAGCAGUCCAACAAGUCUGAGAGCACCAAGAUCAUCCGCCUGACCUACAAGAACAGGUUGUAUUUCUGUCAGCAGGUGAGAGGAGAGACAGAGAGGGAGCGCCUACUGCUGGUUUAUCAGACCAACGAGGCCAUCGUAGCCGGCUUCUUUCCUGUCAACAAGGAGCUGGCUCUGGAGAUGGCCUCGCUGCUGGCCCAGGUGGAGUUUGGAGACUUUGACCGUCCCUUUUGUGUCUCUGGAUCAUCUCAAACCCUGAAACAGGUGUUGGACAGAUUCUACCCCAGUCAUUACCGCAGGAUGGCACCUGACGAGCAGCAGCGACAUCUGCUGCAGUCUCUCUCUGUUCGCUGGUCCUCCCUCAAAGGUCGGAGCUCAUCUGAGUGUGUCAGGAUCUACCUGACUGUUGCCAGGAAGUGGCCCUUCUUUGGUGCUAAACUGUUUCAGGCAGAGUCCAUCAGUGCGUCUCCAGAAGCAGGUCUGAGUGUUCGGCUGGCGGUCCAUGAAGACGGGAUCAGUGUUCUGGAGCACGGCUCCACAAAGCUGCUGAUGACCUUCUCCUACAAGAACCUGGUGACCUUUGGAUGCUCUGGAGAGAACUUUAUGAUGGUUCUGCGUCACAACUUGGACCCCAAAAACAAACAAACAAGCAAACAUCUGUUCAUGGUGGAUGCUUCCAAA